CAGUGCACAGCGCGAAUCUGCAAGACGUGGUGCGGAUUGCUCGCGAAAAAAUCAAAAUUGCUAAUUUCAAUGCAAAGGAUUACGAUGAAAUCGCUAGGCAAACACAAAUGGAUAUCAAUUAGAGAAACGUGCAAUCGGAGUGCAAGUUGUCAAUUUAAACGGGAAAGCGCUGUGGAAUCUGGUUAAAAAUAUACGAAAUAUGUGAAAGGCGAUGAAAGAGGAAAGCCAAAUAUCCUCACGGAAAAUAACUCAUUAAUAAGUGACUUGAAAAUAAAAAUCUCUAAAUUAUUUCAUAAACAAAUCAGUCGAAUGGAAUUAAAUUAAUGAAAAAUUUGGUGUAAAAUUGGGUGAAAUUAAAUUUUUUUUUUAAAUUGUGAAAGAUAAUAAGUUAACUUUAUAUGCAUGAGCUAAUAACAACCUGAAUUAUGAGCUCAAAAUUUUAGUAAAUAUUAUUACCAGUUAAAGUAUUGAUAAUGUAACUUUUUUAUGUGAAAAUAAUCGAAACUGCAUUGAAAUUUUGGCUUUAAUUAGCAUUUUAAAUAAGUGAAACAACAAGUCAUAAGACGUUAAAGUCCAAAUAAAAAAUGAAACAAAUCGUCGUGCUUUGCAUAUUCUCACUCUUUGCCAAAGAUGCACAAACAUUGCUCCUAAGCCAAAUGGAUUGGAAGAAUCUGCGCAACAGUGGAGCCUUGGACCUAAAUGUCUUGCGCUGCUUUUUGCGCGACAAAAACUAUUGUCCCAGUCCACAUAUCGAUCACCGUCUGUAUGCACCCAAUGGACCGCGUCGUGGAACUCCUUUAAAUGUUAAGAACCCAAUAACGCUUUAUAAAGGUGGAUUUAGCAAGCACCGCGAGACUGUCUUCAUAAUACACGGAUUCAAUGGAACUGCCAUAGAUAUUCACCUGCAAUUCCUUCGAGAUGCUUACCUAUCCCGCGAUUUCAAUGUCAUUACAGUGGACUGGCGACCUUUGACCCGCUAUCCAUGCUACCUCCACUCGCUUAUAAACACCAGGUUAACUGCGCAAUGCACCGCCCAGAUCUACGCCUUCCUCACCCACUACGGAGCUGUCCGGGAACGGAUCACUUGCGUGGGUCACUCCCUGGGCGCCCACAUCUGCGGCAUGAUCAGCAACCACCUGACGCGGAAACAGUAUCGCAUCAUUGGAUUGGAUCCCGCCCGGCCUUUAAUUGAGCGCAUGAAGAGCAACAAGUUUCGGUUGUCGAUCGAUGAUGCCAACGUCAUUCAGGUGCUCCACACCAAUGCCGGUUUCCUGGGCCAGGAGGAUAACUCCGGGCAUCUAAACUACUGUGUCAACGGUGGACGCAUCCAGCCGUUCUGCAAAGGAAAUCCAAUCAGAAAAUCGCGAUGUUCGCACUUCUUGAGCAUCUGCUACUUGGCCACUGCCACAUUUAAACACAAUAAGUUCAUGGGAGUACCGUGUCCCAAUGGCUGCCUGAAUCUUAGUGGAUCCAAGAGGCUGCCAGUGAGCGGCAAAGUGAAUCCCUUCGAGUUCGCCUCGCUGAUAAGGGAGUACCACAUAGGCAACGAUGCCCCCGAUGACGCCCGAGGCUGCAUUUGCAUUGAUGUGCCGUAUGCCAAGCACUGCCCCUUUACGGAUGCGUAGGAGCUGGUCUUCAGUAGUUUGUAAUUCUAUGAUAAAGCUGUCGAUAAUAAAUUCAAGUAAUAUU